AUGAUAUCGGAAGAAGAAGAAGAAGAAGGCAAGCAGCUCGAAAUUGCUUCAGUUAGUCCUUUUAAUUUUCAUGAUCUUAAUCUGGAAAGAGAUUCACUAGAAGAAAGCAAAGCUUGCUUAAAGAGAAGUCUGGAAGGAGUUAAAGUUGAAAAUAUUCGAAAAGCUUUGGAAAGACUAGAAAGUCAGAAUGAAGUUUUUCAAAAGAAAGCAGCCGAUGAAAUUUCGUUUUGGGCCCUUAAAAACAAUCUGGAACUUUUGAAGCAUACGACUAUGAUUAAAUAUUUCUACAAUGAACUUUCCUAUAAGAGGCUAGAAAAUACUGCUGCUAGGUAUUUUAUUGAAUUUUUUCAAUUAAGAGGGCCUGAAAAUCUUUCGUUUUCUGAAAAAACAAGUGGUAUUCAGCUUGGAAGAAGAAUUCAUAUCGCCAUUUCUCCUACAGAAUCAAGGACGUUUUUCAUUAAAACUCACAAGCAUGGAGCGUUAUCGUAUUCAAGCUUAAAAAGUUCAGUAAAAGAAAUUGAUCCAAAAGAGGUUUUUGUAUAUCAUCUACUUCAUCAAUUGAAUUUAGGCCCUGAAGCUCACUUUUUCUGAGAAGAUAAGAAGAAUUUUUAUAUAGCUACAGAAGAUUUGAAUGAGAGAGGAUCAUUUAAUGAGUACAGCAAGUUCUAUAAGAAAUUUCUGAAUCCAGACAUCCCUGAAGAAUAUCCUCUUAUUUGUGACGAACUCAUAAAAAUAGAUGUGAUUUCAAGAAUUUUACGAUUAUCUGAUACCACAACAAACAAAGAAAAUUUUGGAUUUCUUGAAAUUAAUGGCCAAAUUUCUUUACAUUUGAUUGAUUUUGAUAUAAAAGAAGAAUUUAACUAUAUAGGAGACGGCUUAUUUGAAGGAUUUUUAGCAGGCAAUGGAAAAUUUCAGUACGCUAGUAAUACAGACCCAAUAAUUAGAUACGCCUUAGCAAAUAGAAACCAAACAGAUCGCGUUCAAGCAGCGGCUCAUUUCUUUGAUAAUAAUUUCAAUAUCUUUCAAGCUGUUGAAACUAGCAUGGAGCAUUUAUUGCAUAUCUUUAAAGAUUUAGAUGUCAAUAUUAAUGAUCUUUUAAUUUACUGCGACGGCAUUAAGAAGAACAUUCAACUUUUUAAAGAACGACUAAUGCAUUUAGACCUGGCCUCUCAAAAUGAGGCAUAG